AUGGACAUUGUGAAGAGGGCAGAUUCAUUGAAAGUUCUACAACUAAAAGAAAAAAAAAAUUAUUUGGACAAUAAUAUUCUAAAUUAUCCUUACUUGACAAACAAGAAAGAAGAAAAUAAUAUUUUAUGCAACGAAUCACAAAACGUUACUCAGAUAAGCGAUUCAGGAAGCAUAAAUACGGAGCAUCAAUCCAUUCCUCUUAGUAACGAUGAAACAUCAAAAGAUCAAAGUUUUACGAAGAAUGAUUAUAAAACUCUAAUUAAAGGAGAAGAAGUGGAAAAUAGGAACACAGAAAAGUAUCCAAAACAGUUGAACGAAGAAAUUGUAAAUUAUGUAGAAGGGGAAGAAAACAAAGAUGGUACAUUCCCUUGUAGUUACAAUACGGAUGUAAGUCUUAAUUUUAUAAAUGAAAAAAUAGAAAAAGAUCAAUUAAAUCACAUCAAUAAAGAAGAAUUGUCCCAAUAUAAUAUCGAGAUACAUAAUAAGGAUCAGAUAAUUUCUCGAGAAAUUCAAGAUCAAACAAUUCUUAAAAAUGAACUUAACAAAAAUAUGCAUAUUGACAAAAAUGAUAGUUUCAAAAUUUUAUAUUAUAAUCCUUCCCGUGAUUGUAAUGAUAAUAGGAUAGAACUGAAUAGUUUUACGUCUACCAAUAUUAUAGAUAAGAAAUAUAUGGCUAGUUCAGUUCCGACAUAUAAUGCUUUUUGCAAUAGUAAUCUUGUCCUUAAGGAGAAUGGCAAUUACAGAAUUGCAGAAAAUGGAAGUUUAGAAAUUGGAUGCGAUGAAAAACGUAGUACCGACGACAAGGGAUACGUGGAUAGACAUACGUGCGAAGGUAGUGAAAUUUGCUGUGGGAACAACAGGGAGGAUGGCCAAAAUAUGAACAGUGAUAACAGCGAGAGUGGCGAUAAGAACGGAAAGGACGAUCAAAACGAGAACCAUACUCAUAAUGAGAAGGAUAAUCACAACGAGAAUGAUAAUCAUAAUCGAGAAGACAAUCAAAACGGAGAAGACAAUCACAACGAGAAUGAUAAUAAUAACGAGAAUGAUAAUCAAAACGGAGAAGACAAUAAAAACGGAGAAGAAGACCCAAACGAGAAGGAUAAUCAGAACGGAGAAGAAGACCCAAACGAGAAGGAUAAUCAGAACGGAGAAGAAGACCCAAACGAGAAUGAAAAUCAGAGAAACAAAACGAAAGAGAAUUACAAAAUGUACCUUAAUAAAAUAAACGAAAUGAAGUCAAACAACAUAAUAUGUAAAUAUAGAAAUUCAGAAAAGUAUAUUAAAAAGAAAAUUUUUAAUUAUCUACGUAAAAAUAACCUUAUCACCGAUUUGAACAUAGAGCAUCUAUAUGUUUACGUCAAAAAUAUAUAUUUUUUAAUAAUUAGAAAUGAAACACUUAUUUUUUUUUUCAUUUACAACACGAAAGAUGUAAUGAAUGCAGUUAUCCAUUUUGAAAAAGAUAAUAACAUAAGUUAUAAGCAUACGGAUUUCCUUUUAUUUUUAUUGUCCAAUGAUGUAGAUAUAUACGAAAAAUUGUUGAGUCAAAUAAAUUUCAAGUUCGAAAAGGAAGAACUUAUAAGUAAACUAAAAAAUUUAAGAAGAAAAGUAAAAGAUUUGAAGUUUGAGGAAGAGAGGAAUUUAUUUGAUGAAUGUAUUCAGCAGCUUCAUCUGCUGAAAAACGAUAGAAGAAUAACCAUAGAGAUGUACAAAGCUGAUAGCAAUUUGCCUUCGAAUCCUAGUGCGCAUGAGAGUAGUAGCCCUCGUGAUGUAAAUCAGCGAGAUGGUGCAAAUCAAGGAAAUUGUGAAAAUCAUGGAAAUUGUGCAAAUCAUGAAAAUUGUGCAAAUUCUAGUACAGGAGGAACCAUUUGCAGUAGUCAUACUAACAGCAAUGAUCAUGUUGAUACAAAACAAAACAAUGCACUACUGAAAAUAUCUUUGAAAAAUUUAAUCCCCAAAUUAUACAACUUCAGAGAUUUUAAGGGAACCAGUAACCUGAUUCACAAUAUUGGAAAAAGUAUCUCAAAAAGGAAUGUUCAGAUUAAUGUGAUGGAAAAAAAAAAGAAAAAAAAGAAAAAGGAUCAGACACAGUCUAAUCUGCUCAACACCAAAACAUCACACUCAAAAAUUCCGUAUGCAGAAACACCUUACCCCAAAAUGACAAACUUUGAUAUGCAUAAUAUGAGCGAAGCGUACACAAAUGUACCAAAUGCAAACUCAGCUUAUGCAGACAUGCCACAAAUGAAUCCUGCUAAUAUGAGAAUUACAUCCCCAUCGAACAGUGGGCCAUAUGCAAAUAUGACUCUCCCCAAUGGACCUUACUCAAAUAUCUCAUUCACCAAUGAUACUUAUGCGAAUAUGACAUAUAGGAAUGAUCCAUAUGCAAACUCAGAGAAUCCAAAUGGAUCUCACAGGAACACUGCUUAUUCUAACCAUGUUUAUAUGAACAUGACACAUUCAAAUGAAAAACAUGACAGCGAUGUGUAUACCAAAGGGAUGAUGUACCCCAACGGAAUUAAUAACUUUUACUCAAAUAAUUUCCAAGGAUCCCACGAUGGAAAUUAUAAAGCCAGUUACACGGCAAAUUAUGCUGCAAAUUAUGCGGUAAAUUAUGCGGUAAAUUAUGCGGCAAACUAUCAGACAAAUUAUCCAGUGAAUUACUCAGCCAAUUAUCCACCAAACUACGGCUCCGGUUAUGAAAGAAAUUAUCAGCUUGGAAAUAAUAGUGGAUAUGGAAAUGAGCUCAUGCAUGAACGAAUGAAGGGAGGUGAAAACGUUGACAUGAAUAGCCAUCUGAACAGUCAUCAGAACAGUCAUCUGAACAGCCACCUGAACAGCCACCUGAACAGCCACCUGAACAGCCAUCUGAACAGCCACCUGAACAACCACAUGAACAACCACAUGAACAACCAGGCAAACGAUAACUCCAUUGAGUUUGGGAGCGAAGGCCAAAAUGAGUACUCAAACGAAUGCAUGCAUGACUACAUGAAUGACUACAGCGUGGAAGAAAACACAAAUGCAAACCACUUAGAUGAAAACAAAGAAACUAAGAAGAAAAGCAUUAGAGGAAUUACAUCCUUUACCUUGUUUGCAAGAGAAAAGAGAAAGGAAUUACUUAAUCAGAAAGUAUUUUUAGGUAGUUCCCUAACUGAACAAACAACAGCAGUUGCAAAAAUAUGGAACAGUUUGAGUAAUGAAAAAAAAAAAGAGUGGGCUGCCAAAGCAUCAAAAAUAAAUGAAGAAAACUAUCUUUCUCAAAAAAAGAAAAAAAAAAGAAAAUUCACAGCAUUUAGUAUAUUUGCACGUGAGAAAAGAAAGGAACAUAAAGAAAAAAAUAUUGAUAUGGGAUUAACUUUAGCUCAGCAAAAUUCCUAUGUGUCCAAAUUGUGGAAACAACUUUCGAAUGAAGAAAAAAAUAAAUAUAAAAUUCUGUCCAAUAAUGUUAAUGCAGAAGUGGCAAGAACUUAUAAAAGUGACAUGAAAUAUAUGAGCGGAGAAAAACUUAGCGGAUUCAAGGGAAGAAUCAAGGCAUUAGAUAAUAUGAUAAAUCGACAGCUUUCUAGCAGUUCUAUGGGUUUUAAUAAUGGAGUGAAUAAUAACAUGAAUUUCAUGAACAAUAUGAGUUAUAUGAAUCAUAUGUCUACUGCACCCGGAGGCACUGUCUUACCAAACGGUGCAAUACCUCAACACGGAAUGAACAUUUCCCAUGGAACUAUUCCACACAAUAUGUUAACCACGCAAAAUGGAAUGUCUAAUAGCAACCCUAUGCAAGUAAAUAAUGAAAUGGGCAGCUUAAGUAUGCCAAAUGAUUCCAUUGUCCCCAAUGGAUCCAAUGAUAUAAAUAACAUUGGUUACAUGGAUUAUGUUAAUUAUAUGAACACCGUGUUGAGUUAUGACAACCCAACUUAUAUGAGCAAGAUAAUGGAUGGUGGCAAUGAGAACUACAUGAACAUGAUGAAUAAUUUGACGAAUGAAAUGGCAAAUGAGAUGACAAAUGAAAUGGCAAAUGAGAUGACAAAUGAAAUGGCAAAUGAAAUGACAAAUGAAAUGACGAACGAGAUGACGAACGAGAUGACGAAUGAGAUGACGAAUGAAAUGACGAGUGGCUUACCGAACUUGAAAAAGAAAGAGAAGAAGAAGAAAAGCACCAAAUUAAAGAAAAAGGAAAAUAAAAAAGAUACACACAAGGUAGAAGGAGGACAAUUAAUAAAUAAAGAUAAUUUAUACAUAAUAGGGGAAAAUAAUAAUUCUAUGUAUGGCGCAAACAACAACAUGCUUGGUGUUUAUCCCAGUGUUGCUAGUGGUGGCAGAGCUCUUUAUGAUCAAAAUAUUCAAAGUGUUCAAAAUAUGACAAAUAUAGCAAAUAUGACAAAUAUGACAAAUAUGACAAAUAUGACAAAUAUGACGAAUAUGACAAAUAUGACGAAUAUGACAAAUAUGACGAAUAUCUCUCAAGUGCCAAAUAAUGGUAGUAGUAACCCCUACAAUAGUAAUAACAAUAACAGCUACACUCCAAACAGCGUUCAUAAAAACAGUUCUGUCAAUAUACCUUCUCCCAAUGACAGUAACGCUUCUGCAGAAUUGGUAUAUGCAAAUAACUUGUUGAAUUAUUAUACUAAUCAAGAGAAUCUAAACGAGGAAAAGGAUCCUAUGAAAAACAGCAUUCCAAACGUAACCAGCAUGAACAAGGAUGUUUUACCAACAGAUAACACAAACGGAAGUACAAACACUAGGGCGAAUCCAUCCAUGGUAAAUGUUGCAAUUGACGCAGACAAAAAAGAGUCCAUAAUGAAUGAACAGCCAAAUAAGAAUUUUGGAAUCAUGACGAAAUCAAAUGUAUUUAGCAAUCCAAAUAAGAGGAAUGCAAAUAUUAUGAAUAUUCCACCUUAUAACAGUGUACCUUUGGAAAAUACCAACCAUUGUAACAUGACUUCAAAUAACAAAACUCCUUUUAAUACGGUACCAUAUAACACAAUACCAAUGUAUAAUAUACCACCAAACGGAAAUGCACAAAACAAUAAACUCUCUUUGAAUAACUUUCAAAGUGGAAACUUCAACAACAUAAAAGCAGCACCUUCAAAAAACAAUACGCUUAUGAACAAUACGGAUAAUUUAGAUAUGAUAAAAGAUCCCCAAAAGAUGAAUGAAAUUUCGUACCAUAGUUCGUAUGCUAUCAAUACUGCAGCCUCAAAUAUAUCCAAUGGAGACUCUAACCAAUUAAUAUUAAGUGAUAGUUUUAAAAUGUCAUGUAAAACUAAAAGUAAAGAAAAACUUGAAGAAAUGAUGAGAAAAAAGAUGAAAAAAGAUGAAAAACAAAAAUUAAAAGAAAAAAAAUUAAUGCUAAAAUUGUAUGAUAAGAAACGUAAACAAUUACUCAAGGCAGAAAAACAAAUGGAAAAAAAUAAAAAAAAAAAAAAAAAAAAAUUUGUAAAUACAAUUGAAGAUUGUAAUAGCAUGUAUUUUCAUCAUCAAAACACAAACCCAAGCUUAAUGAAUAGUAAGAAUAUAAACCAAAAUUCGUUUGAUGUCCCUAAUAAUUUUAUGAACCAUCCCAUUGUUAAUAACUUUAACCCAUACGGAAAUGUUGACAGUAUGGAUGCUAAUGGUAUUCAUAAUCAAAAUAUAAUAAUGUCUAAUAACUCCAGUGUGAUGAACAGUAAGGCAAAUACAAACAUUGCAGGACAUAGUAUGAUUAGAAAUACUAUUUUCAAUAGGAACAUCACAAAUGAAAGCAUUCCAAAUGGCGAUAUUUCCAGACGAAGUAUCACAAAUAGCAACGAAAUCGUGAAUUUCCAGUUUAUGAAGAACAACAUGAAUACAUUGACUAACAUGAGCAACAAUCAGCAAACGAUCUACAAUUUCGAUAAUAAUUACCCUGUGGAUAUCCAUGAAAUGAGAAAUUAUAUACCAAGUCAUUCUGACAACAGAAGGACGAACAGUGAUAUAAAGAAUUAUGAAAAUGGCACAAUAAACAUGCAUGAAAAUCAAGUAGACAUAUCAUUACCUGUAAACGAAAUGAAAACCUACACAAAUAUUAAGGUUAAGGAAAAAUGCAAAAAAAAGAAAAAGACCAAUAAAAUGGAUGCUUAUAUGUUACACAAUGCGAACAAAUUAAGAGAUGCAAAUGAAACAACUACUGCAAAGAACAUUCCAUAUAUUAAUGAUAAUAAGAUAUACAACUCUGAGUUCAGUAAUAUAAAUUAUGAGGAGAAUAUCUAUAACAAAAUGAAUGCUAGCAAUUCCACAUCGAAUAAUCAAAGUGACAAUAAUGUAAGGCAUCUUGACAAAAUGACAACAACACCCCUUCACGUGGCAAAUUUUGAAGAAAAAAUAAAUGAAGAAAAGGAAGAUAUGCAACAAAAUAAUUUAAAUUCCAUGAACAAAACACCUAGAAUAAUUUGUGAUCCAGAUCAAAUGCACAACAAUGGUGAUAAUAAUAUUAUAGAAAAUAAUCAACAUAACGAUAAUGAGGCAAGCGUUAAUAAUUCGGUUAAGAGAAACGUGACGUAUAGUGUAAAUAUGGGAGUAGAUGAAUUCUAUGACAUGAACAAACAAGUUGUCUCAAAUUUAAAGAAUCAGCACACCAAUGAGAAGAAUAACAACUAUGAUGCUUCUAAUAUAACUACAAAUUAUGAUACAUGUGUUACAAGUCCUUUAAAAGAGAAGGGAGAAAAUUAUGAAGAAAUCACAAACCAAGACAUGGAAUUAGAGAAAGACGAAGAAAACUUAAAAAAGCACAAUAAUGCUGAAAAUAAGAUGAACAGUUCGUCAAAUGAUAUGAACAGAAUUCAAAAUGAUGAUAAAGUGUUUUAUGAUAAAAAAGAAAUGGACGCAAUGAUAAAUAAAAUGGCAAGUGAUGUUGACAAAUCAAAUAGUAGAAUAUAUAAUAUGCAUUUUUUCAACAAUGAAAGCAGAGAAGUAGAAGAAAAUAUGAACAAACCUAAUUCAAAUGAAAAAAGUAAAAAUGAACCAAAUUUACCAUUACAUGAUGAAGAAUCGUUAAGCAGCAUUGGUAACAACUUUAAUAGUACUAUUAAUACAGCUCAAUAUGAGGCCAAUUUUAAUAGAACAUUGAAUGAAGAUUUAGGAAUUAACAUAAAUUACAAAAACGAAAAUUAUGUUAGCAAUGAUGAAUGUAAUGAUAAUAACCAAAAUAAUAAUACGACAUACUUUUGUCCACAAGAUAGCUCUAUCACGGGAAGCAAGAACGAAAAUGAAAAAUUGAAUAACUCAAAUGUGUGUGACACGCACAGGAACGCAAAUAGCAUGACCUACUACCAUGAACGGAUGUUAGAAGAAAGUAAAACGAACAAAAACUUGGUAUAUUUUGAUACGGACCCUAAUGACAUUCCAGAAAUAUCAGACGACAUCGAAAUAGAAGCACCAAAGGAGAAACAGUUUUUUAACAGUGCUUCACAUUAUUUAGAGUUAGUAAAUAAAAAUAUAAGAAGAAAAAAAAAAAUUGAGAAUAAGAAAGACGAUGAUGAUAUUGUUAAUAGCAUUUUUAGAAGCUUAGAAAUGGAGGAAAAUAUUUCAUCGCAAAUAGGAAAAAAAACACAGAAUGGUGAAGAAUAUACAUUUAUGAACGAACAAGUGGAUAGUAAGGCAUAUGAUGAUGAUGAGAUGAACUUGAACAAUAAUUUAAUGCAACAAAAUAAUCAAGAUGAUAUUAUAAACUUCCUUGAUGAAUCUAUGCAAAAUUGCGUAAACAAAUUGAAUAUAACAGAAGGAGGAGAAAUCAUAUAUGAUGACAAAAGAAAAUACAGUUCUAACAAAAUAAUAAAUGAAAGUGGUAUACAAAAUAGUAACACCAUCUUCAUGUCCCAAAAAAGUACAUUUAACGCUAAUUUAAAUAAGAAUCAAAUUGAGAAAUAUCACAAUGCUUAUAAGAAAACAAUAUUACCUAAAUGGACAGAAGAAGAAACUAAUAAAUUUUAUGAAGCCAUCGAAAUGUUUGGUGUUGAUUUAAUGAUGGUUCGUGCAUUUUUACCAAAAUUUUCGGACAAGCAAAUUAGGGAUAAAUAUAAAAAGGAAAGAAAAAAUAACCCAAUGAAAAUUGAGGAGGCUAUAAAGAAGAAUAAAGAAAUUGAUUUAGAUGCUUAUGAAAAUGAGAAUGGUAGAAUUAGCAUAUCUGCAGAUCCGAGUAACGAUGAAUCUCCAUUAAAUUUCCAAGAUGACAAGUGCUUGAAUAAUAGAACAAGCGUGGCAAGCGAAGCAGACGGGACAGUUGUUAACAUUUUCGAAGGGAAAGAAGAUUUGGGCUAUAGCAUGCAUCAGUAUUCUGAAUAUCAGGAAGACCCUGAUUUUAACAUUUUGUGCAUGUUCUAA